GAAAAUUUUGAUUCAGCUAUCCGCGAUCUCCAAAUUGAAUUUUUCAUUUAAAGUUCGUACACUAAAUAAUUAUAAAGUCACCAUAAUGACUGCGUUUGAAGAAUUUGGUGUUCUUUCUGAACUUGGUAAAGCUAUAGAAGAAAUGGAAUGGACGCUGCCUACAGAUGUUCAAGCAGAGGCUAUACCACUUAUCUUAGGUGGAGGAGAUGUUCUUAUGGCUGCGGAGACCGGUAGUGGAAAGACCGGUGCCUUUUGUUUACCAAUUUUACAAAUUGUUUGGGAAACUUUAAAAGAUAUACAAGAAGGAAAGACAAGUAAUGUGAUAACACAAGCAUCUUCAGAGUGGACUAUGUCGUUUUUCGAUCGCACAGAUGCAUUGGCAGUGACUCCAGAUGGCUUAAGGUGUCAAUCUCGUGAUCACGCAGCUUGGCAUGGUUGCAGGGCGACCAAAGGUGUACAUACCAAGGGUGCAUACUACUAUGAGGCUACCGUAACAGACGAAGGCCUUUGCCGUGUAGGAUGGUCAACACAGGCAGCAAAAUUAGAUUUAGGUACAGAUAGACUUGGUUUUGGUUUUGGUGGAACAGGAAAAAAAUCAAAUGCUAAACAGUUUGAUGACUAUGGAAGUGCAUUUGGAAUGAAUGAUGUCAUAGGUUGCAUGUUAAAUUUAAAUAAUGGUGAAAUUCGUUACACUAAAAAUGGUGAAGACCUUGGUGUUGCAUUCAAAUUAGACCAGUCUCGCAGGUCGGACUGUUACUUCCCAGCAAUUGUGUUAAAAAAUGCUGAAAUGAGCUUCAAUUUUGGUGCUACCCCAUUCAAAUAUCCCCCACCAAAGGAGUAUGUAGCAAUUUCACAAGCACCCAAGGAAUAUGUAAAGCUCAAUGUAGUAUCAGCUUCAGCCGCUGCCGGUGCAAGCAAGCCCGUUAAUAAUGCACCACAAGCAAUCAUUAUUGAGCCGUCACGGGAAUUGGCAGAACAAACAUGUUCACAAAUAACAUUGUUCAAGAAACAUUUAGAUAAUCCUAAAGUUAGAGAGCUGCUGGUCGUUGGUGGUAUCAACGUGAAGGAUCAGAUCAAUCAGUUGAAUUCUGGUGUUGACAUUGUUGUCGGGACGCCUGGGAGGCUGGAAGACCUCAUACAAGGAGGAUACUUAGCCCUUACACACUGUCGUUUCUUCGUGCUGGAUGAAGCCGACGGUCUCCUAAAGGCGGGCUGCGGUGAACUGAUAGAGAGGCUGCAUCGGCAAAUACCGAAGAUUACCUCGGACGGAAGACGUUUGCAGAUGGUGGUCUGCUCAGCAACACUACAUGCUUUCGAAGUCAAGAAAAUGGCGGAAAAGCUGAUGCACUUCCCGACGUGGGUGGACCUGAAGGGUGAGGACGCGGUUCCGGAGACUGUCCACCAUUGUGUUGUUAAUGUGGAUCCGCAGAACGAUCGCAGCUGGCAGACUCUCAGAAAGCAAAUUCAGACCGAUGGUGUUCAUGCUAAGGAUAAUCUAAGGAGUGGUAACACUACUCCGGAGACGCUAUCAGAAGCUGUUAAGAUUCUGAAGGGAGAGUAUUGUGUUCGGGCUAUCAGAGAACACAAAAUGGACAGGGCUAUAAUAUUCUGCCGCACCAAAAUAGACUGUGACAAUCUGGAGCGAUUCCUAAAGUCAUUCGGCAACGAGUUUUCCUGCGUGUGCCUUCACGGAGACCGCAAACCACAAGAGAGGAAGGCCAACUUGGAGAAGUUCAAGCAGAGCCAAGUCAAGUUCCUCAUCUGUACCGAUGUAGCGGCGCGGGGCAUCGACAUAUCUGGACUGCCGUUUAUGAUCAACGUGACGCUACCGGAUGAGAAAUCGAAUUACGUGCACCGGAUCGGGCGUGUGGGUCGCGCCGAGCGUAUGGGACUGGCUAUCAGCCUCGUAGCCACUGUGCCGGAGAAGGUGUGGUAUCACGGAGAAUGGUGCUCCUCUCGCGGCCGCAACUGCAACAACACCAAUCUUAUAGACGACAGACCCAAGGGUUGCUGCAUGUGGUACAACGAACCACAGUACUUGGCCGACAUUGAAGAUCACUUGAACAUCACUAUUCAACAAAUAGAGCCCGAUAUGAAGGUGCCGAGCAACGAGUUUGAUGGAAAAGUCGUGUACGGAGAGAAGAGAAAGACGGUCGGCUCGGGAUACCAGGACCACGUUAGUCAAAUGGUGCCUGUUGUGAAAUCGCUGCAAGAAUUGGAAUCGCAAGCCCAGCUUUAUUACUUGAAGACCCACCAUAACGUCACCGUGGCUUAGAAGACGUUAGCCGAUUGGUGUCAUCAUCAAAAUACGCGGAGUAUUUAACGGGAGUUCAAUAAAAAUAUUCGUAAAUGGUUUACGAUCGUUUAAGUGAUCUGAUAUACUCCGAUUGGUUAAAUACUCUGAACCUGAUUUCAUAGAUGUUUCGCGAAUAAACAUAAUCUUGUGAAAUGCGAGAAGCGUUUAUUUAAUCAAGAAAAUGUUCCAUAACUUAUGUAGGAAAAUUUACUGAAUA